AUGCCAAAGCGGUUGGGUCCCCACCACAAAACCCACCCCCUGAUCUGGUGCGUCUCCAUCAUCUGCGCCAUACUAACAGUGUUGGUGAUUAUAGGUGGCAUCGUGAUCUUCAUCGGGUACAUGACACUCAGGCCGAGGGUGCCCCAAGUGAGCGUCAUAAGAGCCCAAAUGGACACCAUAUACUUCGACGAGGCCAGCUUGAUGAUGGUGCAAGCGACCAUCGUGAUCAAAGCAGAGAACGACAACACAAAGGCUCACGCGAGGUUCUACAACAUGCUCUACACCCUCAGCUUCCGCAACCAGAAAAUAGCCUACUUGACGACCGAUCCCUUCGACGUCAGACCCAACCAGUCUCUGGAGCUCAACUUUGUCGCCCAGUCCCAGUCCAUACCUCUGAAUUCAGAAGAAGCUGAAGCCGUCAACUUGUCGUUGGACCGGAAAGUGGUCGAUCUCAAUCUCCGAGGGUCGACGAGAACGCGAUGGAAGGUGUGGCUCAUUGGCGCUGUUAACGAGUUGCAUAUGGAGUGCCAGCUCCAUUUGCCGGUUAAUCAAACCACCAUAUAUCCACCAGCUUGUACUUCCAGGUCUAAAUAA